AUGGAUGAUAUCGACCUCGUUCAAGAGGUCAAAAGUGUAGCAGAAGAAAUUCGAUUUGCCGUUGAUAAAGUUGUCAUUGAUGCGACUGAUCCUUACUCGUUUACUGUUACAAUUAAAGAAGGAGUUACAUUUCAUCUCAGUUUGAGUAGCAGAGGAUUUCUUGUUGAAAAUCAAUCUCAAGGUGAUCCAAACACUCAAUCGGAAGUAAUCAUACUCAAAGGACAGUGUUUCGAAACUAUUUAUGCUUUUCUUGAUAAAGCAAGUCCAGCUUACAGAGUUGCAUUUGUUCAAGACAUUUCAAAAAAACUGAACGCAAUUAGUGAAGGAUAA